AUGGCCUUGAAUCGUCUCACGACUGCCGUUCCCAAGUUGGCUCGUGGCUAUGCCGCUGCCGCUGCUCCCAAGCCUCCAGUUACUUUGUUCGGUAUUGAUGGUCGUUACGCCACUGCUUUGUAUACCGCUGCUGCUCGUCAGAACGCGCUCGAAGCCGUUGAACGCGACUUGUCCCAGCUUCAAACUCUUAUCAGCAAGGAUAAGGCUGUCCAAGGCUUUUUGGAGAACCCCACUGUUGCUGGCAAGGCCAAGGUCGAAGGUAUCUCUGCUUUGUUGAACAAGGCUGGCAAGGUCAACCCCCUUACCAAGAACCUCUUUGAGGCCCUCAACGAAAACAGCCGUCUUGAUCAAACCGCCAAGGUCCUCAGUGCCUAUGCUGAAUUGAUGAGCGCUCACCGUAACGAGCUUUCCUUGACUGUCACCUCUGCCAAGGAACUCGACAAGGCUACUUUGAACAAGAUUGCCGAUUCUCUCCAAAAGAGCAAGCUCGCUGAAGGCAAGAAGCUUUUGGUUUCCAACAAGGUCAAGCCUGAUAUCCUUGGUGGUAUCCUCGUUGAGAUUGGUGACAAGAGCAUCGAUUUGACUGUUUCCGGCAAGGUUGCCAAGCUCAACAAGCUUGUCACUGGUGAGUAG